AUGUCCUGGAGGGAUUCAAAUCUGUAUAAUUUAUUCAACCUCUCUUAUGGUUUUAAGCAGUUGGAUACAAAGUUCAAUAAAACAUCUGCGACUCUAUUCCAGCAAAGAUUUAAGGCUAAGAAGCUUGUCAGAUCUUACCACGGGGAUUAUUUACAGGAGAAUAUUUUCAGAAAAUGGUUUUUACCACAGCAGCUACCAAUUAUCACCAACAGCAAGAGCAAUAGACAGGGACUGGCAAAGUGGAAUAAGCAGCCGCAGACCCAAUCACCAUCCACUCCAGUUACCUCCCUCAUGUUUGUUGAGUUGGAGAGACGCCUGGACCACCUCCUCUUCAGAAGCUGCAUGGCUAGCUCCAUCUACCAAGCCAGAAGCAUCAUCACUCAAGGGCACGUAACUCUUAAUGGUUACAAGCACAAUGAUCCAAACACUCGCCUUGAUCCUGGUGAUUUGGUUGGGUGCAAUCCACGCCUUGUUGCGACUUUGAGGAGUGAAAGUGGUGAAAAAGGGGGUGAAAAUGAGGAGACUGAAGAAAUUCAAGGAGGCGAGCUGAAUGAGAAAUCUGAAAACCCUCAGCAACCUCCUCAAUCAUCUCAAUCACCCCUCCCCUUCCACCUCCCAAACUACGCUUCCCCUUUCCUCUUCAUUCCUCCUUAUAUAGAACCCUCCUUCCAAACUUGCAGCUUCAUUUACCUCCGCCACCCAACCGCACGCCCAGGCUACUCUGAAAUUCCCUCUCCAUACGCUGCAGACGGUGACGUAAUGAAAUUGGCUUGGGAGUGGUACGUUGGCAGACAGAUUAGAGCGCGCAAUCUCGGCAGCGGGCCGUGGGGUGGUCCACGUCGUCCUUCCGGUACCAAACGCGGCAAAGGUGAGGAGAGACGUGGUUAG